AUAAAUAGGACACAAAGGAGUCCAAAUCCGGAGAACUGAGAAGCGGCAUUUCGGCGCCGCGAGAUCUCAUCACUACGAGUCGCCGGGAAUCUUGGCUCGAUUGACCGGACCGGACCGGUCCGGUCCGGUCCGUCUAUAAAUCAAUCGCCCUAUUUCUCGUUUCUUCAUCGUUACAUCCCAGCGAGACGGAGACGGAGACGGAGACGGAGACGGAGAGACGGAGGCGACGAUGAUAGGUUCGCCGGUGGUGUAGAUGGGAUCAGAGUUAGAGCUGUACGCUAUGCGGCCUGUCGCUGUCGGGUUCGUGAAGAAGGCGGUGACGGAGAGCAAGGAGAGAGGGCGGCAGGUGUCGCGGCUGGAGGAGUCCAUCAAGAGUUUGGAGGAGGAGAAGCGCAAGAUCGAAGCUUUCAAGCGCGAGCUCCCUCUCUGCAUUCGUCUCGUCUGCGAGGUGAUCGAGGAGUUGAAGAGGGAGAUCGAUCGGUUCCGCGCCGAGGGUUUCGGGCGUGUGUUCCUGGAAUUCAUGCCGAUUAAGGGCAAAAUCAACGAGAGUAGCUCGGAUUUCAGAGAUAAGAAGAACUGGACGAGCUCCUUCCAACUCUGGAUCUGCGAGGAAAGUAAACAUUCCAAAAACAUGAUAAGAUGAACUUUAAAGAGAAAUCAGUAUGUGAUUCUCGGAACGGCGGAGACGCGUCCCUGCCGGUAUUUGAACUAUACAGCUCCAAGGCGGAAGAUGAGUCUGCCGCUGUGUUGUCUGACCUCUCUCUGUGCUCUACCGCGAUCACUCAUGGCUUUGUGACUCCGGCCAUCAAUAACCAUCUAGUUAGUUGCCGUAAGUGUACUAAAGAAUCCCCGGAAGCAUCUCUGGUGGCGGCGCCUGGCACACACUGUGGCUUGCAUUCGCAACAGAAGCAGCCUAGGAAGAUGAGGAGGUGCUGGUCUCAGGAUCUGCAUCGGCGGUUUGUGCUGCUCCGUGGUGCUCAUGGAAGGGCUGAGAUAUAUGUGGAGCCUUUCGAUUCGAUUGUGGAUUCAUGGUUGUUCUCUUAUAGUAAUUUACUUGACCCUAUAAAUGGGUUUAACAGGACGAAGUUUAUAUUUUUCUGGGCAAAUUUUUGGAAAAAAUAUUAAAUAAACUAUUUUAUC